UUACUUUCGCGGUGACAUGUUUUCUCUUUUUUGAACGUUAAUUAAGCAAACACUGCAAAAAAAAGUAAAUUGAUUCAACAUCUGUUUACUACAGAUGAGUGUUUUAUCCAAUCCAGGAAGUUUCCACUGGAAAUCAUGUGAUGGUGUUGAUGGGGUUGAUAUGAUAUGAUAUAUGACUGUCAGCUUUAUCACACUAUAAAUGCUGAAGAAGCACAGGAUUCGCUUUAGUUCAAGCUGAGGAUAUCAGAUCUGCUGCAGAGGAACUCGCUUUCUGAAGAAAAUCUGACACAGAGAGACUAUAGAUGGAGUUCAGCAUCGAGCACACGUGGGACAGUAAGCCUGUGGAUCACGCCCCUGUGAAGAUCCGUUUCUCCCCCGGCAGUGGAGGUCUGAAGAUGGAGGUUUGUGCUCCGUUCUUCAACGAUCCAGCAGCUCCUCCUGGUCCUCCGGGUCAGCCGUUCCCCGGUCUCUGGGACUAUGAAGUGGUCGAAUCGUUCUUCUUAAACAGCAGUACUGAGCAGUACCUGGAGGUUGAAGUCUGUCCACACGGACAGCACCUGGUUCUGCUGCUGAAUGGGAAACACAACGCCUUCAUGCAACAGCUCCCUCUGGUGUUCAGUGCAUGUAUAACAGGGGGCAGGUGGAGGGGUGAAGCCCUGCUGCCCUGGAGCUUCUUCCCCCCGGGGGUGAAUAAGAUGAACUCAUACGCCAUCCACGGCUCAGGGGCGGGGCGGACCUACGAGGCCCUUUACCCCGUCCCCUCUGAGGACCUGCUGCCCGGGCAGGGGCCGGACUUUCACCGUCUGGAGUACUUCCAGCCUUUCAGCCUGCAGAGCAUCAUGGGAGGAGGCUGGGUCCAGCCCGAAUCUGACCUGUGGAAGGGAGUGAGCAAGUGAGCAGAGUGCACUGUGCCCUUAUCAUGGAUAAUCACACUAACAGCCGUAACGAGGGUUUAACGAGGGUUUAACGAGGGUUCUACAGCUGUUAUCAUUAAACACACCCAGAUUUUAGGAAUAAAGUCAGACUCUAAUUUCA